CAUCAAAACACGAUGUGUGUUGUUUGUAUUACUUUUUUCCUACAAGGCAUAUCUGAGAUUUUGCACAUCACACAAUAUUCUUUUACAUAUAAAAGAACAUCCGGGACUCGUUGGUCUUUGUGUGGUGUUUUGUUGUAUUGACUUGCUGUGUGCUUAAGGAUUGUAAACAUAGACAUCAGUUAAGUGUACUUAUCUGGCAGAGGUCGCGUCGAACUUUGUACGCUGUAUCGUCCUAAAGUUGUUUUGUUAGAAAGGUUAACUUCGCGGUAGUUUAUUCGUGCACAAUGGGGUAUCUCGUUGUUUCCCUUGCUCUCGUUUCCUUGCUGGUUUUCCUCCCCACUGUCUUGGGAGACGGUCCUGACGCAGCUCAGCGUCGUCUGGCCGUGCUGAAGACCCGAAUCCCCGCCCACAUGGGCCCGGUGAGGUAUAACUACACCGCUGCCUUCAGGACCAGUCCUGGCGGUACGCUCCAGUUCAGCCUCGGCAUCUUCGGACCACUGGCCUCAGCUGGCCCGACCGUCCAUCCGCCACUGCGCCUUCGAUUCGAGGAUUUUGAGGACUUCGGCAGUCCUGACGGGCUGCAGGUCGUGUCCAACCCCUCCGUGGUGUACGCACCUGACGAUGCCAUGCAGGUGUUCGUGCAGUGCGCGGACGGGCAGGUGUAUUAUCGUAGUCAGAAUAAAACCUGGGGACGGAACUUUGAACCAUGGACACCUCUUCCUGCCGGGAUGUUACCCACAGAUACAGGCGUGAGUCUGACAGGAAGGGACUCGGUGUCUGCUAUUGCAUGGGAAGGCCAAACCGCGGUGUUCGCCCGCUCCAUGACGACCCCGUCCCGCCUGUACUGGACCUACAGCGGGCCCGGCGGUUUCCAGGCGUGGCAGAGCCUGGGAGGGGACCUGGUGACGGACCCGUCCAUCGUGUACAACGCCUUCACUAAGUACCUGGAGGCCUACGCCAUCUUCCCUGAUGGGAGGGUGCACUACCAGACACAGGUCGGCAGCACGGAGUGGCAGACAUGGCGGGUACUGGGGAUAUUACCACCAGCUAUGCAGAAAGUGUCCCGGCCACAAGCCCACAGUAUGAGGCAAGCCAUCUUCAACGGCAUGACAGAGGUGUUCGCCAUCGGGACGGACGGGCACCUGAAGCACAUUCCACAGACAACAUGUGAUAAGGUGGUGAACCCGUGGGGAUAUUGUACCUGGGCUGUUUGGUCAAACGUCGGUAACGGUCAGGUCCCAGCACCGCUCAGUGACGUCAACCCACUGACUGCCGGGAACAACGUCCAUCUUGGGAACGAGAUGUUUGUCGUGGCAAAAGAUGGCAGCCUGUCUCACGCGUGGCAGUUGGAGAGGGGAGGCCGAUGGCACGGCUGGGACACGGUGGGACAGCCUGCCAACGGGACCGCCGCCUCACUACCCACAAUCCUCCAGGAUGACGAGUACGGUGGCUGGUGGGAAGUGUUCGUCAUCAACUCUAAUGACAAGGUUGACGAAGUGUUACAAAACAAGACAAUGGACUUGUCACCAAUGGAAAUAAAGUCAGGCACCGCCCUGACCGUGAGCUGGAUGGUCCCGUCCGACCAGGCCACUGCGCAUGACUGGAUCGGGAUCUACCAGUCAGGUGCUGCUGACGACAGCUACCUGGACUACAGGUACGUCCAAGGCAAGCUGAACCCGACCCGUGACAUCGUUCCCAAAGGCUCUGUGAACAUGACUCUGAACCUGCCAACCGGAAACUACCAGGCUCGGUAUAUGGUGAACAAGAAGUUCGUCAGCGUCAUGGCAACGGAUUUUGGCAUCACGGACAGCGCUAAUGGCACUCAGUGGGAGCAGACGUACCGGGGGUUCGCUAUCGGACUGGGUACGGACGGAGACAAGUUUGUCAAGUGCGUGAACGAUGGAGAACAGACCAUCAGCAGUUUGGAGGAUGCAUGGCAAGCUUUUGAGCAGGACAAGAUAUCAGAGGGGCUGCAGUUGUUUGGUCAGGCUCUGAAGGACCUGUACGCAGCCUUGGUGCAGUGUGGCGAGACUCGACUGGCACAGACUGUGCUGCUGUUCACCCAAGAUCUACUAGAGUGCGCUUUAUCAAGGUGUGCACACUUCAUCAUUGACAUGUCGGACGAGUUGGAGAUUUGGUACAAGGGCUCGCAUGAGAUCUACGGAGACAUCCGGGCCGCCCAGAACAACUUUGGUACCCAGAAGACGUACAUGCAGGGUGGAUACGUCGUGGGAAGGGUUGUGGAGACCUGCAUUAACCUCCAGGACCACGUGGACCCGGGGAAAUAGCCAUUGCAUGAUACAUGAACUGAUUUGGGUAAAAUUUCCAAAUAAAAAGGGAGGAUUAGGGCGUAUCCUAUUGGAGACUAUAUGAGAAUCAGAAAAGUUGCGCUUAUAGUACUAGUAUACAAACUUCAGGACUUUUCCCCACUCAGAAGUGACAUAUGAAUUUGUCCCACACUUUUGACCACUUGCCGCAUGACCACUUGACCAUCUGCCCCAUCCCCACCUCUAACAUGUACGCCCCAAUAUAUAUGUCUGUAUAUAUAAAUAUAACGUUAUACAUACGGGCAAAAAAAGAAGCAAGCAAACACACGAACGAUCCCUCCUUAUUUGUCUCGUUUCAUCGCCAACCAAUAACCGGCCACCCUUCCUUGACGUCCUCCUUGAUGGUUUUGACGUCUAUGGGAAGCAACUCAACAAGGCACUCUUAUUAAUCAAUCCGAAAAAUGACGACGCCCGGAAACGCUUCAUUCCCUUGAUGAAGCUGUAUCAAAACAGUGUCAAAAGAACUUUUAUAAAUAGGAGAGGAAGAAGGGAUGUAGAAAGAAUCAGUUCUCGUGUGAACGCUUAGGAAAAUUUCUACACGCAAUUUUAACGAGCGAUGUACGUUUCUUUAGUCUCCGUAAGAAUAUCUAUUGAUGUCGUCAGCAUUCUAUUCUGUGUUCAAAAGAUAAAGACGUAAAACCCAACCCUAUCCACUACAGGGGAAAAGGGAAUAUAGCUUUUUUUCUGUUGUGCUAUCUAUUUUACUCGCUAUUUGUUUGUAUUCCUCUUGUAACUUCUUCUGGGGCAUGUGAACAGAAAUCCCUUCGGACGCCGUCGACUUCGAUGACGUAUUUGCCCUCAAACUUGUUUACCAGUGCAGCUGUUUUUAAUGAUUUGGAGAUUUGCGAGGGCUAAUAAAUUCUGUAAAACUAGAGUUCCACGAACACAUCCCUUCGCAAAAUGAUCAUGCCUUUAUUCAAGACCUAAAGGUCUUAUUCAUGUAUUACUAAAGAGUACUUACCCCAAUAGCAAACGGCUGCA